GAGUGAAGUGAUCGGGGAGCCUCGAAAUAGUUCUGAAGAGGUUGUCGGCUGGCGAUUGGCCUGGCCUGUGUAUGGCUUUGCGGUAGAGCGGGAUGGCGGCUCAGCCUGCUCCUCCUAAACCGUGGGAGACCCGGAGGGUCCUGGGGGGCAUCCCAGGCAGCUCUUUCCAGUCGGCUGACUUGAGGACCACUAUUACCAGGCCAGGACCGCCAGCUCUUACCAGGGUUCCACCACCGGUACUACCCAGACCUUCUCAGCAAACCAGAACAAGUUCACUUAAUGCCUACCGACCUGCGUACAGUUCUUUCUCGCCUAGUUUUGGCUCUUAUGGCUCAUAUGGCAGUUCGAUGUACGGUGGCUACAGCCCAUACAACCAUGGCUACGGCAAUGCGAUUGGUUAUAACCGAUUCCAGACAGAUGAUGCCACUCCCAGCAGAUUUGUCCGUCAAGCUGAAGAAAGCAGCCGCGGAGCGUUCCAGUCCAUCGAGAGCAUCGUUCAAGCUUUUGCCUCAGUCAGCAUGAUGAUGGAUGCUACUUUCUCAGCUGUUUAUAAUAGCUUCAGGGCAGUACUGGAUGUGGCAAACCACUUUUCUCGGCUAAAGAUUCACUUUACUAAAGUGUUUUCUGCAUUUGCACUGGUCAGAACAAUCGGCUUCCUGUACCGACGUUUGCAGAGACUUCUGGGUCUACGGAGAGGUUCGGAGAAUGAGGAUUUGUGGACUGAGAGUGCAGGUACUGUGGCUGGUCUUGGCUCAGAGAAUGAUGCCACCAACUCAACCAAAUCGUGGCCAAUUUUCUUAUUCUUUGCUGUCAUCCUCGGUGGCCCCUACCUCAUCUGGAAGUUGCUGUCUUCGGGCAAUGAAGAAAGUACUGAAGAAAACCUGGACUGGGCAAGUGGGGAAGGCGACCAUGUUGUGGGAAGAGCAGAAUAUGACUUUGCAGCCACUUCAGAUGAGGAGCUUUCUUUCCAUGCUGGCGACAUGCUAAACCUGGCACCCAAAGAACAACAACCUAAAAUAAGAGGCUGGCUGCUUGGAAGCUUGGAUGGGCAAACUACAGGAUUUGUUCCUGCCAACUACAUCAAAAUCCUUGGCAAAAGAAGAGGACGCAAAGCCGGAGGAGAGGCUGAGAAAAGACAGGAACAGCAAGCGUUCCCCAACAUCGCGCCCCUGAGCACCGUCUCCUCCGUAGCCACGCUGGAAGAUCAGGAAGCUGCCCUCGAGUCAGUUUUUGUAGAAACAAGAAGCACAGGGCCUGGCGUUGAAACAAGUUCAAGCCACAGGGCCGCGUUUGAUGUAUAAACAAACAUUUUGUGUUUAGAGAACUGCAAUGUAAAGCCGUGUCAACAGUUCUAAAGUUACUGUUCCCUGCAGUGCAUGAAUGGUUGUUUGUACUGUAGUUGGUAAGCAUAGCCAUAUAUAUGUCGGAUGGAUUCUCUCAAUUACUGCAGCUGUAGCGCGGCGCGGGAUGCUUAACUCUUCACUUAACACUAGACUGGCCUCUAGAUGUACUCAAAGGGAAUUUAGAUCUAAACUAAUAUAUGUCUGGAGAUGUUGGCAUAUUUAAUAGUGCAAUGAAGCUAUUUAGUUUUAA